UGGCGUACUACACACUGAACGGGCUGCUCCUGCUUUUGUUCUAGGGUUUUUGCGUCGCCGUCUGCGAACCCUAAUCGUGUUGCUCGGCCAAGCCACGGAAUCCGAAUCUUGCCCAAAUGGCUCCGAAGAAAGGUGUCAAGCCAGUCGCUGCAGCUAAGAAGAAACCGGAGAAGGUAGUGAACCCCCUGUUCGAGAAGCGGCCGAAGCAGUUUGGCAUAGGGGGAGCAUUGCCUCCGAAGAAAGAUCUGCACCGGUUUGUGAAGUGGCCCAAGGUCGUUCAAAUUCAGAGAAAGAGAAGGAUUCUCAGCCAGCGUUUGAAGGUUCCACCACCCUUGAACCAGUUUACCAAAACCCUUGACAAGAACCUUGCAACCAACCUCUUCAAGAUGCUUCUCAAAUACAGGCCUGAGGAUAAAGCAGCAAAAAAGGAACGCCUUUUGAAAAGGGCUCAGGCUGAGGCUGAAGGAAAACCAGUUGAGGCAAAAAAGCCUAUUGUAGUGAAAUAUGGUCUUAACCAUGUUACCUAUCUCAUUGAGCAGAAUAAAGCACAAUUGGUUGUUAUUGCUCAUGAUGUGGAUCCAAUAGAGUUGGUUGUCUGGCUUCCUGCAUUGUGCAGAAAGAUGGAGAUCCCAUACUGCAUUGUGAAAGGAAAAGCUCGGUUGGGAACUAUUGUGCACAAGAAAACUGCAGCCGUUCUUUGCCUGACGACGGUUAAGAAUGAGGACAAGUUUGAGUUCAGCAAAAUCUUGGAGGCUAUCAAGGCCAACUUCAAUGACAAAUAUGAUGAGUAUAGGAAGAGGUGGGGUGGCGGUAUCAUGGGUUCCAAAUCCCAAGCCAAAACCAAGGCCAAAGAAAAGCUUCUUGCAAAGGAGGCUGCUCAGAGGAUGAACUAAACAGAGAUUUUUUCCGUGCUUAUCAGGAUGAAGCUAUUGGGGGCUUGUUUCUAUUCUAAAGUUUUGUUAUUUCAAUUGCAUUUGCAUACCAAAAUGCUGAGUUUUUGUUUUUGUUCAGGACAGGUCAUGUUUAGAACAGUAGUAGUGGUAAUUUAUGGAUUUGCAGUUACUGUUAUGUGUUUAAAUUAGAUUCUGUUGCUUUAAGCUUAAUUUGGUAAAGUACUGGAGGAAACAGAAAGGA